GUAAACUGUCUAACCUCCUCUCGAAAGCCAAACGUUCGGACGUAGUGGUUGUUGCAGGUGACCUCAACGCACAGGUGGGUAGACUGAGUGAGGCAGAAAGGCACUUAGGUGGCACUUUCGGAAUCCCAGCUGAACGUACAGAUAACGGUGAUCGCCUAUUACAACUAUGCUCAGAUAACCGCCUAUUUUUAGCCAGCACAAAUUUCAGACAUAAAGAAAGGCACUGUCUGACCUGGCGUCCACCGAGCUCGACUCAGCGAUGGACACAGAUAGACCACAUUGCUAUUAGUCAUCGCUGGAGAGGAUCGGUGGAAGACUGCCGCUCCUUCUGGAGUACGUGUUUGGACAGCGAUCAUGCGUUGGUCCGAGCACGUAUAUGCCUGCGUCUCAAUGGACGUAGAAAAAAUUUGGCAACAAAACCACUACGAGUUCUGCUGGACAACGAAAACACCAAAGCCGUGUUCAGUGAGAAGUUGGCUAGGCAGUUAUCGGAACAAAAGACUGUCACUCAUCCAGAAGAAGCUUGGUGCCAUCUUCAGUCUACUGUAAAAGCAGCACUGAAGACUGUAGCCGACUCCAAAAUAAUGGCUAAAAAGAGCCAGUGGAUAUCAGCAGCUUCUUCCAAACUAAUGGAUGCACGUGAAUGCAUCCCUGCAGGCUCUGAGUACAAUGAAGAGCGAGCGCAACUUAAAAAUAGACUGACGAAAAGUCUGCGCAACGAUCGUGAACAGUGGUGGGCAGCGAAGGCUAAAGAGAUGGAAAAGGCAGCGGCGAUCGGUAACAGUAGACAGUUAUUUAGACUUAUUAAGGAGACUGGGGGGAAAUGGUCAACAACAGUUAGUGAGGUUAUAGCGGAGAAGGACGGAUCUGCGAUUCACUCGCAGGGAAGGCGACUGGGACGAUGGGCAGAACACUUCGAGGAACAGUUUAACUGGCCUCCAGCCACCAUUGCGCUGCCCGCUAUCCAGUCGGACCCUGAAUGGGACAUAGAGACAGGUCCCCCAACACUAGAAGAAGUUGAGAAAGCGGUAGGUAGCCUGAAACGGGAAGGGCAGCAGGACCAGACGGACUACCUGCUGAGGUAUACAAGAAUGGUGGUAGAGUGCUCUUAG